AUGCCUAUAGCCUCCAUACUCGCUGCUGCCUGCUGCUCGUAUGUACCUGAUAAUUCACAUUGUUGCAUGUACUUCAAAGUCAAGUCGUUAGAUGUCAUAUUUGUCGUUUUUUCAUGCACUCAGUCCUUGGUUACUUAUAUACAAGGUCAGUCGCCAAAACCUCGCAUACGAGAAUAUUUUUAUUUUAUCAAUCAUCAAGGAAUGUUAUUUUUAGAUGAUGCUCGGAUGAAAAAUUUUACAUCUUGUUUUAAAGAAAAAAAAUUUCUUACGUUUUUUUUCAAACGACUUAAGAUAAAUGAUUCAAAUCGGUAUGCCAAUGAUUUUCCAUAUUUAUCAUUAUGUGGCAAAGAAAUAAAUUAUGUAAGAUGUGAUAAUUUGCCAAUAGUUUUUACUCAUGUAAUUCAAUACAAAAAUGGUUCAGACUUUUUAAGUUAUGGCUAUACGGAAGAUUCUUUAAUGGUACCAUUCGAGCCAAACAAACUAUUUAUGAACAUUCAAACUGGGAAAGUUUAUCAUCCAGGACCAAUAACAGCAAAUGGAAUAGGUCUUAUCAGAUCAAAACUCGGUAUAGAAUUAAGUUCAUAUUUUGAAUUUGACAAUGGUGAGAAUCAAGCCCCUACACAUUUUAAUUGGAAUGGAAAAAGACAUUCUCUUGAGGAACAAUGGUAUCGAGAUAAACUUCAUUUGUUGAAAAAUAAUACUGAGAUAUAA